AUGACCAAGUUUGUAAAGUUUGCAGAGAAAACCUUGACUACCCUGAGAUGGCUAAAACAGCAGGGACAAAAGCACCUGAAGAUGCUGGAAUAUCGUUUGAAGAAGUGCAGUAAGCUUGUGUGGGAUAUGUGUAUGGCUGAUUCUACCUGUGGACAGUGUGCUGUGUACCAGCUUGGUAUGACUGGGAUUCCAGUUUAUAAUGUAAAUAACAACUGUGCUACAGGAUCCACCGCUUUAGUCAUGGGGAAACAACUCAUUCAAGGAGACUGUGUCUAUCGACAUGGCUUCCCUGAGACAAUAGGUAAAUCUGGGCAGUUUGCUCCAGCCAGUGCCUCAUCAGAGGGAGACUUCAAGUCGGCAGUCAUCUUUAAAGAGAUCAAGGAAAACCUGGGAAAAGAUGGUCCCAUGUUUGUGAAGAAGAUGAAAGGAGUUUUCUGUUUUAAAGUGAAGGGAAAGAAUCGAACUGGAGUUUGGGUUGUGGAUGCUAAAAAUGGAAGUGGAUCAGUCAAAUUUGGUGGUGAUGCAAAAGGUGAUGUAACCAUCAUCAUGGAGGAUGAGGACAUGUUCAACUUAAUGCUCGGGAAGCUGAGCCCUCAGCAGGCAUUCUUCCAAGGAAAGCUUAAGAUUCAAGGAAAUAUGGGGCUCGCAAUGAAGCUUAAAGAGUUUGAAUCCAGAGCAGGGAAAUCCAAAUUGUAAAUGUGGAUUAUGGAUUGAGAAAAUAAAUCAACCAGACUCAUGGAUUUAAAUGCAAACUAGAAACAGUGCUACAGAAAGUAUUUUAUACAGAAAUCUACACUGUGUACAGAAGAGUUCUGUGAUAUUUUAUUAUAACGUAAUAUUGGAAAAUUAUUUAUAUGUAAACAGUCAAACAAAACUGAGAAUUCCCUGGUCAUGUUAUAGAAUUGGUGCUAUUUUGUUGGAUCAUCGUGAAAAUUGUACUGUUCUGAAACGCCGAUAGAAAUCAUGCUUCUAAUUCAACAGCUUUGGUGUUUCAGUCUACCAUUC